UCCUGAUGAAGACAUAGAGCAGCCUAGAACAUUAUCAGGCAGCAGAUCCAAAGGGAAUAUUUCCCAAAGUCCUGAGGAGAGAGACACCUCUGAUGGUCAGCACAUCUGUGGAGAAGACAGGCUGACCGCCUGCACUGACUGUGGGAAGAGCUUCAGUCGGAGCUCAUACCUCGCUGCACAUAAGAGAAUCCACACAGGGGAGAGACCCUUCCAAUGCGCUGAGUGUGGGAAAAGAUUCACCGACAGAUCAACCUGCAACCAGCACCAGAGAACCCACACCAGGGAGCCGCCCUACAGCUGCAAAGUGUGCGGGAAAAGCUUCAGCUUCAGAUCAGCACCCAGCAAACACUUGAGAACCCAUACAGGGGACAGGCCAUGCAAAUGCACGGAGUGUGGGAAGAGCUUCAGAGACAGCUCUGCCGUCGUCGAGCACCAGAGGAUGCACAGUGGGGAGCAGCCCUACGCACGCAGAGAGUGCGGGAAACGCUUCCAGCGGAGUUCGCACGUCACUAAACACCAGAGAAUCCACACAGGAGAAAAAUCCUCUAUAUGUGAAGAGUGCGGGAAAGGGUUCAUGGAGAGUUCAUAUCUUACUAACCAUCAGAGAAUCCACACAAGGGAGAGACCCUUCACAUGCAGGGUAUGCGAGAACCGCUUCAAUCAGAGCUCCACUCUCUUCAAACUUCAGAGGACCCACACGGGGGAGAGACCCUUCACAUGCACCAAAUGUGGGAAGGGCUUCCUUGGGAGCUCAGCCCUUACUCAGCAUCUGAGAAUCCACACGGGAGAGAGACUCUAUGCCUGCAGGCUUUCCAAGAAGAGCUUCAGUCGGAGUUCACAUCGCAUUGCACAUCAGAGGAUCCACACGGGGGAAGAGACCCUUCCCAUGUGCUGAGUGUGGGAAAAGGUUUGCAGAGACUUCCAUGUUCGUGCAGCACCAGAGAACCCACACUGGGGAGCAGCCCUACAGUUGCAAAGAGUGCGGGAAGAGCUUCAGGUUCAGCUCCACACUCACCAAACACCGGAGAACUCACACAGGAGACAGGCUGUGCAAACACACCCAGGACGGGAAGAGCUUGAGAGAUGCCUCCUUCCCCAUGGAACACCAGAGAAUCCACAGCAGGGAGUGGCCCUAUGGGCAUGGGAAACACUUCCUGCAGAGUUUGCACAUCACUAAACACCAGAGAAUCCACAUGGGAGGUAAUUACUAUAAACAUGAAGAGGGUGGGAAAGGGUUCACAACAAGCUCAUACCUCACUGACCACCACAGAACCCACACCAGGGAGUUGCUCUUCACAUGUGCUGACUGUGGGAAGAGGUUCACCAGCAGAUCAAUGUUCAUGCAGCACCAGAGAACCCACACUGGGGAUAUGCCCUGCAGGUACAACGAGUGUAGGAAAAGAGUUCGCUGACAGAUCACACUUUACUAAUCACCAGAGAAUCCACACAGGAGAGAGACCCUACCUGUGUGCCAACUGCAGCAAGAGCUUCAAUCACAGCUCCACUCUCCUGAAACAUCGCAGAAUUCACACAGGGAAGAGACCCUUCAUAUGCACGGAGUGUAGAAAGGGCUUCAGCCAGAGCUCAACAUUUAUUCAGCAUUGCAGAAUGCACACAGGAGAGAGACCCUUCACUUGCAGAGUGUGCAAGAAAAGCUUCAGUCGGAGCUCGAACCUUGCUGCACAUCAGAAAAUCCACACUGGGGAGAGACCCUUCCAGUGCGCUGAGUGUGGGAUAGGCUUCAGUGGGAACUCAACACUUACUCAGCAUCUGAGAAUGCAUACGGGAGAGAGACCCUACGCCUGCAGAGUGUGCAAGAAGAGCUUCAGUCGGCGCUUACACCUCGCUGCACAUCAGAGAAUCCAUAAGGGGGAGAGACCCUUCACAUGCACUGAAUGUGGAAAAAGGUUCACCAACAGAUCAACAUUCAGUCAGCACCAGAGAAUCCAUACUGGAGAGAGGCCCUACCACUGUGAAGAGUGUGGGAAAAGCUUCAGAUUCAGCUCAACACUCACCAAACACCUGAGAACCCACAUAAGGGACAGGACGUACAAACACACUGUGGGUGGGACAAGUUUUAUCCUUAAACAAUGAACACUCCCCUCCCCACCCAGUUCUGCUUCAUUCAGUAGGAAGACCAAUAGUGAGAACCCCUGGGGUUAUGAAACCUUACAGUGCCUAAACAUUUUUUUUUUGGAGUUCUUUGUAGUGAGCCUGUACCAAAAAUGAAACUUCUUUGGUUUCAGGUCAGACAAUUUUAUUUUUAAUGUGGAGUAAACCAUCCAAACGUAUGCUAAGGGGUAAGGCACAGGUCUCAGAAUAUUGAAAAUAUUCCAACUUUUCUUAAAAAUGCAUUUUUGUCUGGGGGAUGAUGUGUGAUCCAUGAGGAAAGAUAUGUUGGCAUCUGGCUUGCAGAUAGACUUCCUCCAAAUCCAAAAUAACUGAGACUGGUCUCAAACCUUGGGCCAGAUCAUAACCUAUGCAUGGGAAAAUGUGAAAAUAAAAAACUUCCUGGCAGGAGGGCAGCAAAGGUUCAGGCUACAAAUUCCCAAGCACAUGCUGCAACUUAGGGUAUGUCUACACUACCUGCCAGAUCGGUGGGCAGCGAUCGAUCCAGCGGGGGUCGAUUUCUUGUGCCUAGUCUAGACAUGAUAAAUUGACUCCCGAGCG